AUAGAAAUAGACGUUUUGUUUAUUUUGAGAUUCCAAGAAAAGUGAAAAAAAGUUUUUAGUAAUAAAACACAAAAACAAUAAGGAGAGAGACAGAGAGCAAAUUUAUUUUUGCAAAUAAGUCUCUCUCCAUUAAAAAAAAAAAAAGAAAGCUCUCUUUCUUAUCUUUUCUUCAUGUGUUAACAAAAUUAGAUUUUUUUGCUUCUCUUGGUUCCUCCUAUUAAAUAUUUAUCAUCAUGGCGUCUAAUUUAUCCUUAGAAGAAAUAAAAAAUGAGCAAGUUGACCUUGAAAACAUUCCGGUGGAGGAAGUGUUCCAGGCGCUAAAAUGUAGCAAAGAGGGGUUGUCAUCUGCAGAGGGCCAAAAAAGGCUCGAAAUAUUUGGCCCCAACAAACUUGAAGAGAAAAAAGAUAACAAGCUUCUCAAAUUCUUGGGGUUUAUGUGGAAUCCUCUCUCAUGGGUUAUGGAGUCUGCUGCUAUCAUGGCCAUUGUCUUGGCCAAUGGAGGAGGCAAGCCACCGGAUUGGCCAGAUUUCGUUGGUAUCACAGUAUUGCUCGUUAUCAACUCCACUAUCAGUUUUAUUGAAGAAAAUAAUGCAGGAAAUGCUGCAGCUGCCCUUAUGGCUAAUCUUGCUCCCAAAACUAAGAUUUUGAGAGAUGGAAAAUGGCAAGAGGAGGAUGCAUCAAUCUUGGUACCAGGUGAUCUGAUUAGCAUUAAGUUGGGAGAUAUUGUCCCAGCCGAUGCUCGUCUUCUUGAAGGCGAUCCUUUAAAGAUUGAUCAGGCUGCCCUCACCGGUGAGUCCUUACCAGUCACAAAGUUCCCUGGUGCUGAGGUUUUCUCUGGUUCCACUGUCAAGCAAGGAGAAAUCGAAGCAGUUGUUAUUGCCACUGGUGUUCAUACUUUCUUUGGAAAGGCUGCUCAUCUUGUGGAUAGCACAAACCAAGUUGGCCAUUUCCAGAAGGUGUUGACUGCUAUUGGAAACUUCUGUAUCUGCUCUAUUGCUGUGGGAAUGGUGAUUGAGAUAGUGGUCAUGUACCCGAUUCAGAGGCGUAAAUACAGAGAUGGAAUCGACAACUUGCUCGUGUUGCUUAUAGGAGGUAUCCCAAUUGCCAUGCCAACAGUCUUGUCUGUGACCAUGGCUAUUGGAUCUCACAGGCUUGCACAGCAAGGUGCCAUUACUAAGAGGAUGACUGCUAUUGAGGAAAUGGCUGGUAUGGAUGUGCUUUGCAGUGACAAAACCGGUACCCUCACCCUCAACAAGCUCACCGUUGACAAAAACUUAAUCGAGGUUUUCCCUAAAGACGCGGACAAGGAUACAGUUAUGUUGCUUUCUGCUAGGGCUUCCAGGGUUGAAAACCAGGAUGCUAUCGAUGCUUGCAUCGUUAACAUGUUGGGUGAUCCCAAGGAGGCAAGAGCAGGCAUCCAAGAGGUUCACUUCUUGCCUUUCAACCCGGUUGAGAAGCGUACAGCCAUUACCUAUAUCGAUGACAAAGGGAACUGGCACAGGGCUAGCAAAGGAGCUCCCGAGCAAAUCAUUGAACUUUGUGAGCUCAAGGGAGAAAUCAGGAAGAAGGCCUUAGAAAUCAUUGACAACUAUGCCAACCGUGGUCUUCGUUCCUUGGGUUUGGCAAGACAGACUGUACCUGAGAAGACCAAGGAAAGUGAAGGCUCACCAUGGGAAUUCGUUGGCCUUUUGCCCCUGUUUGAUCCUCCAAGGCACGACAGUGCUGAAACUAUCCGCAAAGCUCUUGAUCUUGGUGUUAACGUUAAGAUGAUCACUGGUGACCAGCUCGCCAUCGGUAAGGAAACUGCCCGUAGGCUUGGCAUGGGAACCAACAUGUAUCCUUCUUCCGCUCUUCUUGGAGAGCACAAGGAUGCAGCCAUUGCUUCCAUUCCUGUCGAUGAGCUCAUUGAAAAGGCAGAUGGUUUCGCUGGAGUCUUCCCAGAGCAUAAAUAUGAGAUCGUGAAGAAGCUCCAAGAAAGGAAACACAUCUGUGGUAUGACAGGAGAUGGAGUGAACGAUGCACCAGCGCUCAAGAAAGCAGACAUUGGUAUCGCUGUGGAUGAUGCAACAGACGCUGCUAGGAGUGCAUCCGAUAUCGUCUUGACUGAACCAGGUCUUAGCGUCAUUGUGAGCGCUGUCUUGACGAGCAGAGCCAUCUUCCAGAGGAUGAAGAACUACACCAUCUACGCAGUUUCCAUCACAAUCCGUGUUGUGAUGGGAUUCAUGCUCAUUGCCCUUAUCUGGAAGUUCGACUUCUCGCCCUUCAUGGUCCUUAUCAUUGCCAUACUCAAUGAUGGAACCAUCAUGACCAUCUCUAAGGAUAGGGUCAAGCCAUCUCCAUUGCCAGACUCAUGGAAACUCAAAGAAAUCUUCGCCACUGGUGUUGUCCUCGGAACCUACCAAGCUAUCAUGACUGUCGUGUUCUUCUACCUUGCAGCUGACACUGAUUUCUUCUCUGAAAACUUCCAUGUUAGAUCACUCAGAAACUCCCCAACCGAGCUUACAGCUGCACUUUACCUUCAAGUGAGUAUCAUCAGUCAAGCUCUCAUCUUUGUGACCCGAUCACGAAGCUGGUCCUUCGUGGAACGUCCUGGCCUUAUGCUUGUAGGAGCUUUCCUUGCAGCCCAAUUGGUUGCUACAGUGCUCGCCGUAUAUGCAGAUUGGGAAUUUGCAAGGAUCAAGGGAAUUGGCUGGGGAUGGGCAGCAGUUAUCUGGAUCUACACUAUCAUUACUUACUUGCCACAAGAUGUUCUUAAAUUCAUCAUCCGUUUCGCUUUGAGUGGAAGGGCAUGGGAUACAAUGAUCCAAAACAAGACUGCCUUCACAACCAAGAAAGACUAUGGAAGGGGUGAGAGGGAAGCACAAUGGGCAUUAGCUCAACGUACUCUUCACGGUCUCCAGACACCCGAAAACACUGGCCUAUUCAAUGACAAGAACUACCGGGAAUUGUCUGAGAUCGCUGAACAGGCUAAACGUCGCGCUGAAGUUGCAAGGCUAAGGGAGCUCCACACACUUAAGGGACAUGUUGAAUCAGUGGUCAAGCUAAAGGGACUAGAUAUUGAAACCAUCCAACAACACUACACUGUUUAAAGAAGCUGAAAUAAAUUCAACUUUCUUUUUUCCCCAUACAAGGAAGGACAUUUUUGCAGCUGGCAUUAUGUUGGAUGAAGAACAAGGGCUAGCUGUGCAUAAAAAAUAAAAAAUAAAAAAUUAUAGAAGGAAAUAGAAAAUAAAAGAAAAAAAUUGUAAUUAGUGGUUAUUAUUUUAUCUUUAUAGUUAUCCUUUAUCAUAUGUAUUCUAUUCUAUUUUGUUAGAACAAAUCCCUUUUUGUCUC